CGCGCCGCUUAUCGAGGGAAUGACACAACCCUCGCGAGCCGCAGCUGCCGCCACAUUCUAGCACGCGAUUGCAUCUUCAAUCGAAACGCUUCAGUCUGGGUUCGCCUCUGACAUCCUGAUAGCGUCAAGGACACGGAUUUGGCGGUUUGAUUGGUAUUGGAGACAGGGCGACGCGGCCGCGAUGGUUUUGCGGAGUGCGCCGUGCGGCACGUGGAGACACAAGCCCGUGUUUUCAACUGCAAAAUAUUUUUAAAAGAAUGGAACAAAGGUUAGGUUAGGCAGGUGGCUCGCCAGGAAAGCAUUCAGUCCGUCAAGAGGUUCAUGAGCUGGGUAUCUUCAUCUCUCGAUGAUAGCGAUUCGGUAGUACUCGGACAUCACAAUCACAUCCAUCCAGUGCGGUGACGUUGCAAACGAGCCAUGCCAAGGUCGGGAAGCGCGCGCACUCACACACACACACUGAAGACAAGAUUCUGUGCCGUCCCAUGUGAGCACGCGAGCUCAGUCUGCUGCUGCAACGCCGUGACUUGAAUGCCAUGAAGUGUGUUCUGGAUGACAAGGGUGACUUGUCAGAAGUAAGAGCUCAGCUGGAAGAACAGAUGGUGUCUGGACAGAACAAUGCAAUUACAACCAGAUUUAGCAAACCAACAAUGCCGCCAGAAAUCAUUCUUGCAAAUCAUCUAAUACGCCAAUAUUUGGAAUCUGUCGGACUCCACAAAACUGCUUCAGUCUUAUGCACAGAGAGUGGGUUGCCAGGCUCACCAGUUCCUGAAGAAGUUUUUAAGUCAACCAUGUCAUCUGUCCCGCAGUCUGGAGAAAAACCUUUACUACAGAAUAUGAUUGACAAAAUACUUAACAGUUAAAGUUGAAAAAAAGAACAUUUAAUCUGUACUCCCCAAAAAAUUGCAAUUAAUAUGUGCCUUGUAGACUGAAUUCAUAAGACAGUAUUUUAUAAAUUGUACAUUAAGAAAUGAAAUAAAGGAUUAGAUCUAUGUAGCA